UUAAUUAUUCCCAUACAAAAAAACAAACAGAAUUUCAAACCAUUUGAUAUGCAACAGUUCAAUUCAGACUCACAACUUCCGGUAACCUCCGGCGACCGGAAAACUGCAUGCGAUACUCUAACCGUCACAGAUCCAGAUAUUCCAGACAGUACGGUCGUCGAACUUCCACCGGAUUUUCCACCGGAAUCCUUCUGGUUAUCAAAAGACGCUGAAUUCGACUGGUUUGAUCGCAACGCGUUUCUAGAUCGGAACGAUUCAACGAAAGGAAACGCUAAUUCAACGAAUUUCAACCAGAUUAUAAACCCUAGCUAUUCAAUUUCAAGCUCGCAACGGUAUUUAACAAAAUCUAAAGCUGCGAUUAUCGGUUUACCUAAGCCGCAAAACACGACGUACGUUGACUCGAAGCGACGGCACUGUAAGCCGGUAAACGUACGGCUGUUUCCGUCGCGGUCGUAUUCCGUUGGUAGAGGUAAAGCUCCGGCGACGGCGACGGUAACAGUGACGGAACCGUCGUCUCCGAAGGUUACGUGUAUCGGAAGAGUUCGAUCGAAGCGGCGCCGGAGCCGGAGGAAGUCGUCCGUACAACCUACUGAACCGGUGAAAUCUGCAAGUCAACGCUCCGGCACCAGUAAAGCACACAGAUCCGGUUUAUUGUCUCGGAUAACGGCGUUAUUCCGAUCUGACGGUAACCGCCGGAGAAAAAACGGAAGAAACGAGAAAAACGGGAAGUUGUUAACGGAAAAAGUUGUUGUUUCGACGGAAAAUUCUGUUACGCAGAAGAUAUGUGUGAGUGUAAAACCGGUGGUCAGUGAACCGGUGACGCCGUCUGGACCCCCCGGUUUAGGAGGCAUGAUCCGGUUCGCUUCGGGGCAUAGAUCGGGGUAUGACGUGGCAGGAUGUGGUUCGUUGGAGUUUGGGGUUACGUCCAGCACGAAGGUUUGUUAAGAUGACGUGGCAAGUUGGAAUUUUGGUUUUAGACUUUUAGUUUUAGUUUGGUAGGUGUUAUCUGUUGGUGUGGAAAAGUUGUAAUUGUUGACGACGUAAAUAUUAUUUAUAGUUUUUUAAAAUGAGGAAUUUCUUAUUGAAGAG